AUGGACAAAUUUCAACCGAUAAUGCAGCAUAUUUUGGCACCCGCUUCCGGCAUUCUUUCGGCAACGCAACUUACUCAGAUGGCUGAUCGUCUUAUGGAGAUGCACAGCAUUUCCAAACCGUCACUUUCCGCACGCUCGACUCCCUCAACUCAUCCUACGUCUCCCCUUUCGCAGUUAGAGAUCGAGCUCAGCAGGCUGGCCGAUGAUAUAGCUUCACUCCAGAAGCAGACAGUCUUCCCCUCAUUUCGGAGCCAACCGAAGCCGUCCACCCCGCAUCUCCAGUCUUCACAUUCAGCCCGCCAAAACGCAGCUGCCAUCUGCUGGUACCACACCAACUUUGGUGUUAAAGCACGUCGCUGCAUCUCUCCCUGCUCCUUCACCUCCAAGCGGAGCAAACGGGUGAAACCGGUCAACCAGAAGGUCAAUGCAGCCAAUCUUCUCGACAGCUCUAACUCUGGUCGCACCUUCUAUGUUUGCGACACUGCGACUCGCAGACGUUUCCUGGUGGACUCUGGAGCCUAAAUCAGCGUUGUUCCCCCAACUGCAGCUGAUCGUCGUUUCCCUAGCCCUGGUCUUCACCUUCAAGCUGCCAACUGUUCCCCCAUUCCCACUUUUGGCAGUCUGUCCCUCACCCUGAACAUUGGCCUUCGUCGGUCAUUCACCUGGAUCUUUGUGAUUGCUGAUGUCCCUCAUGCAAUCUUCGGCUCGGACUUUCUUGCCGAGUUCGAUCUCCUUGUUGACUGUCGACGUGCCUGUCUCCUCGAACGCACAACCGGUCUGUUUGUUCGUGGAAUAACUCCCUUUACUGCCCCCCCCCCCCCAAGUUAUCUGUCUUGGAUAUGGGUAUUGCUAGUCCUUUUCGGCAGUUGCUGCUUAGUCACCCCAACAUAAUUAACCCCCAAUUUCGCAGUGGUGAAGUUCAACAUGAUGCUGUGCACCAUAUCCGCACCUCAGGUCCUCCCGUGUUUGCUCGACUGAGACGACUAGCACUGGAGCGUUUUCAGGCCGCGAAAGCGGAGUUUGAACACAUGCUGCAACUGGGAAUAAUUCGACCGUCCGAGAGCCCUUGGGCGUCCCACUGCACAUGGUGCCCAAGGCAACAUCAGGCGACUGGCGACCCUGUGGCGACUAUCGAGCCUUCAACAGCGCUACCAUUCCUGAUCGGUACCCCGUGCCUCAUCUUCAGGACUUUGCUGGAGUCCUUUUCGGCAAAGCGGUUUUCUCGAAGAUUGAUCUGAUGCGUACUUUUCAUCAGGUUCCAGUCGCCCUGAGGACAUCAAUAAAACCGCCGUCACCACACCUUUCGGUCUCUUUGAGUUCGUCCGCAUGCCCUUCGGUCUACGUAAUGCCGCCCAAACGUUCCAGAGGUUCAUCGACCAUGUCUUACGUGGCCUACCCUUUGUGUACGCCUACAUUGAUGACCUCUUGGUGGCCAGCCGGAAUGAAGAAGAACACGAAGAGCAUCUUGCCUUGGUGUUUGGCCGUCUUGACAAGUUUGGCGUUGUCAUCAACCCCUCCAAGUGCGUGUUGGGUGUGCCUUCACUCGAGUUCCUCGGCCAUCAGGUCGACUCUGAGGGUUUGCGUCCCCUCCCCUCCAAGGUUGAAACAGUUCGUAAUUUUCCUCCUCCAACUUCCAAGCGUCAGUUACAGCGAUUCCUCGGCAUGGUCAAUUUUUACCGUCGGUUCCUACCGAACUGUGCUGACCUCAUGCUGCCGCUCACCAACAUGCUUUCUGGUCCCAAAGGUCCCCUCGAGCUGACUGGUGAAGCACUGACUGCUUUUGAGAGAAUCAAGAAUUCCCUUACCGAUGCCACCUUAUUCACACACCCCGCUCCUGAAGCUCAGCUGUCUCUGAUGGUAGAUGCUUCGAUCGUAGCCGUAGGUGCAGUCCUUCAACAACACCUUGCUGGUUCGACUCAACCACUUGCCUUCUUCUCCAAAAAUCUCUUACCAGUUGAGACACGCUACUUACCUUUGGCCGUGAACUACUUGCCAUUUACCUGGCUGUGA